UCCCGCACCAUGGCUCUGUCCUGGAGGAGCUGGCUGGUUAAUGAGGGGAGCAAGCACCUCUUCCUGUUUUUCUGGUUCUCCCUCAAUGUAUGGCUCUUCUGGAAAACCUUCCUGCUCUAUUAUCAAGGGCUGCAGUAUUAUUAUUUGCAUCAGAUGUUAGGGCUAGGAUUGUGUGUUAGCAGAGCUUCAGCAUCUGUCCUCAAUCUCAACUGCUGCUUGGUCCUUCUACCCAUGUGCCGUGUUCUCUUGGCCUUCCUGCGAGGAUCUCGGAAGGUUGCCAGCAGGAAAACCAGAAGGCUGCUAGAUAAAAGUAAAACUUUCCAUGUGACCUGUGGUGUUACAAUAUGCAUCUUUUCAGUCUUGCAUGUUGCUGCUCAUCUGGUGAACGCUCUCAACUUCUCUGAGAACUACAACGAAGAGUUUCUGUCACUAAAUGCAGCGAACUAUCGUGGUGAGGACCCAAGGAAACUGCUUUUUGCUACUGUUCCAGGUCUGACUGGAGUCAUUAUGGUGUUGGUAUUAUUCCUAAUGUGUACAGCUUCUACAUAUGCCAUCAGGGUUUCAAACUAUGACAUCUUCUGGUAUACACACAACCUUUUCUUUGUCUUCUAUAUGCUGCUGAUGCUGCAUGUUUCUGGGGGAGUGCUCAAGUACCAGACCAACUUAGAGGAACACCCUCCUGGUUGCUUUAAUCCUAACAAAACACUCCAACAGAGUAUGACGGUGCCAAAGGCUUUUGAAGAGCUGUUUCCUGACUAUACUACUGAGCCUUUCCCAGAGGACUUACCAGUACCAGAACCCUUUGUACAAAAUAACUUUAUGAGAAUUUGUUCCGAGGAACCCAAGUUCCAGUCACACUUCCCAGAGACCUGGUUUUGGAUUUCUGGACCUCUGUGCUUGUACUGUGUGGAGAGGCUGUACCGCUACAUCCGCAGCAAUAAGCCAGUCACAAUAACUUCAGUGAUAGGCCAUCCCUCCAAUGUCCUUGAAGUAAGGAUGAUGAAAGAUGACUUUAAAGCAAGGCCUGGUCAGUAUGUUAUUCUACACUGUCCAAGAGUGUCUGCACUGGAAAGCCAUCCAUUCACCCUUACAAUGUGCCCUACAGAUACCAAAGCAACGUUUGGGGUCCACCUUAAAGUAGUAGGAGACUGGACAGAAAGAUUUCGGGAUUUACUGCUUCUACAUUCAAAUCAAGACACAGAGAUUCUGCCCAUCUUUCAGCAGAGGCGCUAUCCCAAACUGUAUGUGGAUGGACCUUUUGGAAGUCCCUUUGAGGAAUCCCUGAACUACGAGGUCAGCCUCUGCGUGGCUGGAGGUAUUGGAGUUACACCAUUUGCAUCAGUACUCAACACACUGCUUGAUGGCUGGAAAUGCUACAAGCUCAGAAGACUCUACUUCAUUUGGGUGUGCAGGGACAUUGAAUCUUUCCGCUGGUUUGCAGAUCUGCUCUGUAUGUUGCAUAACAAGCUUUGGCAAGAGAACCGACCAGACUAUAUAAAUAUCCAGCUGUACCUCAGUCAGACAGAUGGAAUACAGAAAAUAAUUGGUGAAAAAUAUCAAGCUUUAAACUCAAGGCUUUCGAUUGGACGGCCCCGGUGGAAGCUCCUUUUUGAUGAAAUAGCAAAGUGUAACAGGCGGAAGACUAUUGGAGUUUUCUGUUGUGGACCAAACAAAAUCUCUAAGAUACUUCACAAACUGAGCAACAGCAGCAACUCUUAUGGGACAAGGUUUGAGUAUAAUAAAGAAUCCUUCAGCUGAAAGUCUGUUGGACUAGCAAGACUUUCUAGAAGAUAAAAGUGCAAUCUUUUGUUUGUACAACUUAGAAGUUCAGCUGUGGUUUAAACAGACAGAAGUGUACCAAAGAAUAACACAGAUUUUCUUAUUUAUGAUUAUUUAAGACUUUGGGAAAUGAUGAAUGCAGCAGUUUACCAACAAAUAAUAAGUGCUUAUGCUCAAACCCAAACGUGCUCGCACAAUAUUUGUGGCAGUGGUGAUUCUUUGGAGUUGUUUCUGUUAAUUAAAAAGUACAGCAUUUGGGGAGAGACACAAUUGCUUUAAAAGCUGAUGGAAGAAGAAUCUGUGGAAUGUUUGAACUUAUUCCACUUCAGUCCUCUGAAGCUGGAUCAGUAAACCAAACCCCAAGUUAAUUCAAAUGACAAAACAUACUGUAUUACAAAGACUUUUGUUGUAUACAAGCUCAUGGCUUUAGGGUGGAAGCACUCUAUAUUGAAGAUUUUUAUACAUUGCAG